AUGGAGGCCGGCGAUUGGCUGCUCUCGGGGUGGGCGCUGCUGCUGCUGCUGUUCCUGGCGGGGGCCUGGUGGUCGUUGCGGCCCCCGAAGCGGCCUGCCGACGUCGCGGGACGCGUGGCCGUGCUGGUGGUGGGCGACCUGGGCCGCAGCCCCCGCAUGCAGUACCACGCCUUGUCGCUGGCCCGUCGCGGCCGCCGCGUCGCUUUCAUCGGCUACGCGGGCACAAAACCACACAAUGAGAUCAUCAGCAAUGAAAACAUUGAGAUUGUUCCCCUUACGGAGCUCAAAAUCUGGCAAGUUGGGCCCAGGUUUUUCCAGUAUAUCAUAAAAGUGAUUGUGCAGAGUUUCCAGCUGUUGUACACUCUGCUAAGGAUUGCUCCACCAGGCUGUGUGCUUCUCCAGAAUCCGCCCGGUUUGCCCAGCAUUGCGGUCAGCUGGAUGUUUUGCCUACUGCGAAACAGCAAGCUAAUAAUCGAUUGGCACAAUUAUGGGUACACUCUAAUGGGACUGACUCAUGGGAAAAAACACCCGAUCGUCCGGAUUGCAAAAUGGUAUGAAGAAUUAUUUGGCUCCUUGUCCAACUAUAAUAUUUGUGUGACCAACGCAAUGAAAGAGGAUCUUCAAAUGAACUGUAACAUCAGAGCAAUAACCCUGUACGACAAGCCAGCAUCUUUCUUUAAGGAAACACCCCUGAGCCAACAGCACAAAUUGUUCAUCAGGCUCUCCGAAGACUAUGCUCCUUUUAAAGCGGUGGAAUCCUUCCCUCCAGAUCAUGUUGAAAGAUCUGCCUUUACCCAGUUUGAUGCCAUCAGUGGAAGUGCCACACACCGUCCAGGCCGACCAGCUCUCCUUAUUAGCAGCACCAGUUGGACAGAGGAUGAAGAUUUUUCCAUCCUGUUAGAAGCUUUAAAAG